GCUAUUGUCUAAAUCCCUCUCCUAAUUAACUUCAGACUCUCUUUCUCUCUAGCUCUCUCUAUCUCUAUAUAGCAAGAACUCAAACUCUCAAGUCUCUCAUGGAAAGAACCAAAAGUAUACCCCUGCAGCCUCCAACUUAUGGAAACCUAAUCACUGUUCUAAGCAUUGACGGGGGUGGAAUAAGAGGGCUUAUCCCAGGAACUAUCCUUGCUUUCCUAGAAUCCGAGCUUCAGAAGCUGGAUGGUGAGGAUGCAAGACUGGCAGAUUAUUUUGAUGUGAUUGCAGGAACAAGUACAGGUGGUCUUGUGACUGCCAUGCUCACAGCCCCGGAUGAGAACAACCGUCCUCUGUUCGCUGCCAAUGAUAUUAAGGAAUUCUACCUUAAUGAGUGCCCUAAAAUCUUCCCCCAGAAUACGUGUCCGUUGUUUCCUCAUGUUACAAAGAUUAUCAAAGCUCUAACAGGACCAAAAUACAACGGGAAGUAUCUACAUAGCCUGGUGAGGCAAAAACUGGGUGACAAAAAACUGCACCAAACAUUGACUAACGUUGUGAUUCCUACAUUUGACAUAAGGAAUCUCCAGCCAACAAUUUUUUCCAGCUUUGAGGUGAACCAUAAGCCAUGCUUUGAUGCCUUACUCUCCGACAUAUGCAUUGGAACCUCAGCAGCACCAACUUAUCUUCCAGCUCAUUAUUUCGAAACCAAGGACGGUGAAGGAAACGUUAAAGAAUUUAACCUUAUCGAUGGUGGAGUGGCUGCAAAUAAUCCGACUUUGCUUGCUAUUGGUGAAGUGACAAAGGCAAUAAUCAAGGGGAGCUCCGACUUCUUCCCUAUAAAACCUAUGGACUACGGCCGAUUUCUGGUGAUAUCAUUAGGAACUGGCUCACCAAAAGAUGAGGUGAAGUACAAUGCACAUGAUGCAGCUAAAUGGGGCAUGUUGAAUUGGUUAACCAGCGGUGGUUCCACCCCAAUCAUUAAUGUUUUCAGCUACAGUAGCGCAGAUAUGGUUGAUCUUAACCUUUCUGUGGUUUUCCAAGCCCUUCACUCCGAGAAAAACUACCUUCGAAUUCAGGAUGACAAGCUACAAGGGGAUGUAGCUUCUGUGGAUGUAGCAACAGAGAAGAAUUUGGACAGUCUUGUGAAAGUCGGUGAAGGCCUAUUGAAACAGCCAGUUUCCAGGGUUAAUUUGGAGACAGGCAAAUUUGAGGCUUGUAAUCAUGAAACUAAUGAAGAGGCUCUUACAAGGUUUGCAAAACUACUCUCCGAAGAGAAGUGGCUUCGUCUUGCAAGGUCUCCCCAGGGACAUACUCCAAAACCCAACUGAUCGAUCAUACACAUAUUAUGUUCACAGCUCGUGAUGAAUUCUUUCAUUUAUUAUUGUUCAAGUAGUAAAUUAAAAUUGUAAUUUUUGAGGUAUCUGAAUAAAUCCCAGGUGGGUUGGGAUAUCAAUGUAACAGUUGUACUCAUUCUUCUCUAUCAAUGAAAUUUAAGAAUUGCAAUU